AUGGCGCGGACGUACGUCCGGGUGCAGGGCAAUGUGCAAAAGGUGAUGUUUCGACAGACGCUGAUUCGAGCGAUGGUCAAGCGAGGAAUCAGGGGCGGAGCGUCCAACAACCGCCAGCAGAAGGACCUCGUUGAUAUUACCAUGGAUGGCAACGCCGACGAAGUCGAAGCGCUUGUCGAAGCGCUGCGAACAACCAAACCACUCAAUAGUUGGGGGGCCGAGGUGGUCACACUCGCGGUGCUCACGUCGGGACUUGAUGUCGAUGCCCAUCAGGUCACGACAACCAACGUCGACGAUCGAUCAUGGAAUCCGAACGUGGAAAUGUACCUGUGA